GUGGAAUGAAGUACCAUAUCAAGGGCUGUGCUGGACAGGGUGGGUUUGCCCAAGUAUAUAAGGCAACUGUCGACAGUGAUCCUGACAAUGUUGUUGCACUAAAGAUACAAAAUCCAGCAUUCCCUUGGGAAUUUUACAUGUAUCGUCAACUUGAUCAGCGCAUCUUAGAUAGAGAGAGGUCAAGUUAUGGUUUCGCUCAACAAAUGCAUCUCUAUUCUGACUGUAGUAUACUCAUCUGUGACUAUUUAGCUAAUGGGACAUUACAGGAUGUCAUUAACUCAUAUGUGGUCAUAGGAAAAUCCAUGGAAGAAUUGUUGUGUAUUUAUUACACUAUAGAAAUGUUACACAUGGUUGAAACUUUGCAUGAUGUUGGCUUGAUUCAUGGUGAUUUCAAGCCUGAUAAUCUGCUAAUUCGCUAUGCUAUGGGUGACCUUACAGAAGAUGGGUUCUUGGACCGAAGUGGUUCUUGGUGUGAUCAGGGUCUUUGCCUUGUUGACUGGGGAAGGGGGAUCGAUCUGCAUCUCUUUCCAGAUCACACAGUAUUUAAGGGAGAUUGCAGAACUUCUGGUUUUCGCUGCAUUGAGAUGCUAGAGGAUAAGCCGUGGAAAUUUCAGGUAGAUGCAUAUGGCAUUUGUGCUAUUGUCCAUAUGAUGUUGCAUAACUCGUAUAUGGAAAUCGUCAAAAAAGAACAAUCUGAUGGGAGCUACGUGUAUCUUCCCAGACUACCCUUUAAACGUUACUGGAACAUUGAGCUCUGGAAGACUUUCUUCACUAAGAUGCUAAACCAAUACCCCCACGAUGAUGAUAGGAGGUUGCUGCAGGAUUUGAAGAAGUCCUUCCAGGACUAUAUGGGCUCCAAUCCGCAGCUUAUAAAGAAACUGAAGGAGUUACUCUCAAAGCAAAGGGCUUCCUUGUGUUCUGCUUAAUGUUUUAAGAUCAUUACGCCUCCACUUUUGUUUUAACCAUCUAGCGGCUACUAAGAACCUACUAUAUUCUUGUGAUGAAGGAAGUAAAAUAAACAAAUGCACGAUGCAAGCAAUCAGGGACAGAUUUAGAAGGUGAACUUCCUUUGUUUUAUUUGUUUAGUUUUGUAGGACAUGCUCUUUAGUGAGUUAGGAUAUGCACUUCAAAUUACACUCUUACUUAAUCACUAUAGAGACAAGCUCAGUUUUUGUGUAUUAGCCUGCAUUAUCCCCUUUAAUUCAAACCUUUUCUUUUUGUCUUCUGUAGUUAGAGUAUGGUCAGAAAUUUGACCAAUUUAAGUAAUGAUAUGUACAUACAUGUAGAGUGUUUUAAGCAGAUUGAAAGUUGUAUAAGCCGUUAUGUUUAUUGUCUAGGGCGUGUUUCAUGUACAAAUCAUCUAUAAAGUUCCAAGUUCUUUGAGAU